GAAGAAGUUUUCCCUUAUCCAGAGAUCAGCAAUGAAGAACUGGCAGAGAUCAACCAGUUUGUUGGACCUGUAGAAAAAUUCUUCAGUGAAGAAGUGGACUCUAAGAAGAUCGAUCAAGAUGCAAAAAUCCCACCUGAAACUUUAAAAGGACUGAAGGACUUGGGUCUCUUUGGCAUGCAGAUUCCUGAGGAAUAUGGAGGUCUUGGUCUGUCAAACACCAUGUACGCACGUCUGGGAGAAAUCACUUCCUUGGAUGGAUCCAUUGCAGUCACUCUGGCAGCACAUCAAGCUAUUGGGCUGAAGGGAAUCCUCAUCGCUGGCACUGAUGAGCAGAAGGCCAAGUACCUGCCACGGUUGGCGUCAGGGGAGCACAUCGCAGCCUUCUGCCUCACCGAGCCCGGCAGCGGAAGUGAUGCUGCAUCCAUCCAGACAAGAGCAACCCUCAGUGAAGAUGGGAAAUACUUCCUGUUAAAUGGCUCCAAGGUGUGGAUAUCCAAUGGUGGCCUGGCGAGUAUUUUCACAGUGUUUGCUAGGACAGAGGUUGUGGAUAAAGAUGGGCAGCAAAAGGACAAAAUCACUGCAUUCAUCGUGGAGAGGGAUUUCGGUGGUGUCACCCAUGGGAAGCCUGAGGAUAAGUUAGGCAUUCGAGGGUCCAACACCUGUGAAGUACAUUUUGAAAACACCAAAGUGCCUAUAGAGAAUGUAAUUGGAGAAGUUGGAGGGGGAUUUAAGGUUGCCAUGAAUAUCCUGAACAGUGGAAGGUUCAGCAUGGGCAGUGCAUCUGCUGGAAUGAUUAAAAAAUUGAUAGAAAUGACAUCAGAGUAUGCUUGUACCAGGAAACAAUUCAAUAAGAAACUCAGCCAAUUUGGAUUAAUUCAGGAGAAGUUUUGUUUUAUGGCCAUGAAAGCAUAUGUAAUGGAGAGUAUGGCUUACCUCACUGCAGGGAUGAUGGACAGGCCAGGGUUUCCAGACUGCUCCGUGGAGGCAGCCAUGGUCAAGGUGUUCAGCUCUGAAGGUGCCUGGACGUGCGUGAGUGAGGCACUGCAAAUCCUUGGAGGCCUUGGCUAUAUGAAAGAUUACCCCUAUGAACGCUAUCUCAGGGACACCAGGAUACUGCUCAUUUUUGAGGGAACAAAUGAAAUUCUGCGACUGUACAUUGCACUGACGGGUAUGCAACAUGCAGGCAGAAUCUUAACUGACAAAAUUAAAGAAAUCAAGAAAGGAAAUGUGGGAGUAGCACUGGGGGAAUUUAUAAACAGAUUGCGAGACACAAUGGGCAGAAAAGUGGAUUAUGGACUUGUUGGUGACCGUGGAGUGGUGCAUCCCAGCCUCCAGGAGAGUGCCAAGAAACUUGAAGAAAACAUUUAUUAUUUUGGAGCUACAGUUAGGGGCCUGCUAAGUAGGUUUGGCAAGACAAUAGUGGACGAGCAGCUGGUUCUGAAGAGAGUGGCAGAUGUAGUGAUUAACCUGUAUGCCAUGACAGCAGCCCUCUCCAGAGCGAGCCGCUCCAUCAGCAUCGGGCUCAGGAACCACGACCACGAAGUGCUGCUUACAAAUAUCUUCUGCACAGAAGCGUAUUUCAAGAAUAAUUAUGCCAUGUCUCAAUUAGAAAAAU